AUGGCGUCCGCACAGCCGGCUCAGGAGACUCGCAACGGCAGCGCUACCGACCAUCACGAAGAUGACGCAGCUGAAACGGUGCGGGCAGAGUAUGAGCACCCCACAGCGACGAAGUGGUUCAGGGCUGCGCCUUGCCUGCGCUACAUUCCACUUUUCGGCGAGGUCACUACCGCCUUUGGACCCAAGUUCGCCCUCUCUCUCGGUCUGUCCUACACGCUGUCGAAGGGCGCAGCCAGCCGAAUGAUUAAUGUCUCUCGCCAACCAAUGUUCAUCGUCCACUACGGAUUGAACGUUGCACGAUAUCAACGUCUUGCCAGCAUGUACAGUCUUGGGUGGUCGCUGAAGCCGUUCAUCGCCUCGAUUGCGGACGUGAUCGCGCUCUUUGGCUACACGAAGCGGUGGUACAUGGCGUUCUCGGCAGUUCUGGGCACCGCGGCCGCUCUGGCGUAUGCACUGCUGCCUGCGAAGGAGUCGUCGGCAAACGCAGCCGCGGCGUUUGUAUUUCUCACCUGCUUCGCGAAGGCCAAUAUCGACAUUCUGUCCCAGGGCCACUUCAGUCGCUCGAUGCGUCAAAAUCCCAAGGCGGGUCCGGCGGUGGUAAGCUGGGUGUGGGCCAUGACGUUUGUCGGCACCAUCAUCGCCUCCUGCAUUAUGGGACCCUUGUCAGAUGCCAAACUGACGUACGUUGGCAUCAUCUUGUCGGCUGUGCUGCAGUUUGUCACACUCUUUUUCUUCAUUUUCAACCUGUACGAUGAAAAGAAGAACCGCACGAACCGCUGCAAGGACGCCCUCAUGGAGUUUCAGGAACUGAAGCGCUUGAAGCAGCAGCAGGCCGCCAAGGCUGUUGAUGGUCGCGUGGUGGAGCCCAUCGCGGACUCUGAUGGCGUGAAGGGACUCGCAAUGGUCGAGACAGUCGGUGCCUCCGGAGAGGAUGACGACACAGAUUUUGUGGAGCCGAGGAUUUACUCGUACCUCUGUGGCGCAGUGGAGGUGAACGUUGACGUUGCGGUGCGGAACUGGAGGCUCAUCGCGUACGCGCUGAUCAUGACGUGUGGCAUUCUUGCCCAGGUCUGUGUUACCGUGCUCGGUACCCGGCGGCAGCUCCUGUACGCCUGCAUUGCUAUCGCCCUCGUGUUCGUGGUUGGCGCCUUCGUCUCGCUCCCGCUUGUCAUCGCAAAGGCAGCUGUUUUUAUCUACCUUAACUCUCUCUUGUACUUGCAGAUCCCUGGCGCGCUCUCCAACUUUUACCUCGCGAAGCCCGCCUGCCUGCCGGAUGGCCCGCACUUCUCGUACACGUUUUACCAGACUGUCGGCGCCCUCAUCACGGAUGUCGGUGGUGUGACUGGUGCCGUUCUCUUCAAGUACUUCUUCUCGAAGCACAGGUACGCCUUUGUCUUCAUCGUGACGUCACUCUUGCAGGUGUUGGGCUCGAUCUUUGAUCUGAUCAUCGUCAAGCGGUGGAACUUGUACAUUGGCAUCCCUGAUCACGCCCUCUAUAUCCUUGGUGACGCCAUCGUGUACGAGAUUUGCUUUGUGAUGUCUUUGAUGCCGGCGCAGAUCCUCAUGUCCCGUCUCUGCCCGCGCGGCACAGAAACGAUCGCCUUUGCGCUCUUGGCUGGCUUCAACAGUGCCGGCAACUCAAUGUCCCUCGCCAUCGGUUCCCUUCUCAUAGAGAACUUCUGGCCUGUUUCUGCAAGGAUACCGUGCAACUUCACGAACGUCCCAUACUUGAUCAUAACGGGCCACUUGUGCACACCGCUGCUCGUCGUUCCACUCGCAUUCCUGUUGCUGCCGAAGGCACGCAUCUGCGACCGCAUUGACAUCGACGGCAAUGUCGUCCCAGAGGACGCCGAGGUCACUAAGGGGCGGCAGUGCUCUGAUCUCAAACCACACACACCCGUCGAAUGCGAAGAGCAACGACCAGAGACCAAACAGCAGGAUGCACAGGCGCCAAAGGCCUGA